CAAAUCACUUUUUCGGCUAAGUUCAACUUCGCUUGGCCGCUUUUGAUAGGUCCUUUCCUUCGAAGCGUAACCUAAUUGCGUGACGGUAAGAAGAAACACGGUGAAAAAAACACAACAAACAAGAAAGGGCAAAUGAUACGUUUCUUAUUACUGAGUGGCACAUGGCUAUUGGCUUUACUUGAGAACCAAGAUGGAAAGGUGAUAAAGAAAUUCAGAGCGCGAAAAAAUAAUAAGGUUUUUCUAUUUCACGAUUUUAAUCUGAAAUUACUCUACGCCGUCAAUUUAUUUUGCGGAUCUGAGAGUGAAAGUGUUUCCGUGGAUUAUUCGGACAUUUCAAAUUUUAUUCAGCAUCACGUUCUAGAGAGCUUCGUUGCCUGCUUGAGUGGAACUGCUAAUUCUCAGUGAAUGGAGGAAUUGAAAAACACUGCAAUGCUUAAAUGAGUAAAGGUUGUCAUUGCAUAGUCAUUGUAUUAUUCGUAGCCGAAGCAGUGAUCCAUGCAUCAUGCGCAGGCCAAAGCAACGGACCAUGGACUUAUUACAAGAAGGACUCGUUUUUUUUACAGCCAUUACAUAAUGGAGGAUACUUGCCCCCUAUUCCUAUACAGCUAUCACGGAUAAUUAGCGAGUCUUCGAAUGCCCAAGGUUCUUCGUCAGAUUCACUUCAAGAUGAAAAUAGCGCCGAUAUCUCACUCAGACACGAAAAUCCGUGGGUUCCAUUACGUAACUCAAAUGGUGAUGCAUCUGUUACGAGAGAAAUUUAUAUUCACACUACGUCGUCGCUUCCGUUUAUUAGAGAUCACACCAGUACAGCAGCGCCAAGACUAGUCACUAGGCGGACUUACUCAAAAUCCACUUUUAACAUCCCUCUGAAGAAAAGCAUUCGAGUUUCACAUCCAGACAAUAUCCGUCCAGCCAUUAAAACUACAGGUUAUAUUCGUGGACCUAUAUCCAAAAGAAUCCCGUCGACAACUAGAGCACCGAUGCCAGAUUGGUUUAGAGAAAGCACAUUGCAUUCCUUACUAAAUUACAAUACUUCAGAAAGCGACUGGAAACCCACAAGUUUAACCACAGCUCAACCGCUCGAUUCGGUGUUUCCAAAAACUCAGCCACACCAAUUUAACAGCAAUCUGGGUUCGAAAGUAGAUGAACAUUUAAAUUAUACAGGUAUUAUGUUUGGGAAUGCCUAUUUUCCUCCAUCAGCAGAAUUCUCAAGAAUGAAACUUUUGCCACAGAAGGAAAAAAAUAUAACAAACCAAUAUCUUACGGAUUUGGAAAUAGAUCAAAAAGCUGCUAGGAAAUCAAGCACUUACAGAAUGCAUUUUUCGCCGAAUGAUGUAAGAAUGAAUUCGACAAAUAUGAGAACCAAUGAUAUGAAUUCACCAUUUUUUAUUGAAAAUCCAAAUGUGAAAUAUUCGAGAGAAAGUUUUCCGGGAACUAAUUCAUAUUUUAUACAAACUUUUAACAAACUAAAUGGAACGCAGUAUCAGUCCAUUGACAAUCAACCAAAGAUAAGUGAAAAAAAAUCCGAUUUCGGUAUUCCAAAAACAGAAAACAUUGAAAAGAUGCACAAAAUUAAUGAUCCCGGGCAAAAAGGUUUAUCAGUAACCGUUGCCAAAAUUCCAUUUUCUGUCGGUGUGAAGUACGCAGAAAUUGAUUUAAAAAAACUCCCGAGACAAAUAUUCUCCAAGCCAGAAGAAAAUGCUUCUGGAAAAAUAAUGAACAUUGACUCGAGUACUAAGCAUAGAGAACAGGGGUUAUUUACACCCAAUAUAAGUCAGGGUCUCGAAGUGAAAAAAACAACUAAUCAUGCCGGAUAUGAUAUUCCCAGCCAUAUUCCUGUGUCAGGUAAUAAUGCUUUAGAGAGCCCUCAAUUGAUAAAAGAAAAACAAAAUUCUUCUUCACUACUUUAUACUCAGAAUGAUCCUACUCACAAUUUGGCGGAUAAUCCUAAACUUGAAGAACUUAAGAUCCAGACUCCUACAAAACCAGUAAAUUUUGGAGAUCCCAAACCUCCUGGAUAUGUAGAAUCUGAGGUUAUGAAUGUGCCCUCAAAUGGGGGUACAUUUACAUUUUCAAAAGACGAUAAAUCGGAGAAAAUAGUAAAAGGUAAAAUACUGCAUUUAGAAGAAGAUUUAAGACUUAGCCCUCCAAGUAAACAAGAUAUGGUUGACUUGUAUAAUCCUAGACAAAAAACACAUCCGGAAGUUUCUACUGAAAGCAAAUCAAGAGAUUCAGAAAAGGCUCAUCAUGCUGGAAUUCCUUUGCCAAAAGUUCCUUUUUAUGGAGACGUGAAAUCAAUAAAAUACUCGAAUGAUGGCCAUUCUAAAGACAAGAAUGAAGAUAUCUAUUUUACCCCAACUUUUCCAGAACUUUCGAACCAUCGAGAAAAAAUACUUGUUCCUGGGCGAAAACAAACAGAAAAAUCACAAAAAAUUCAAACUGCAGAACAUCCUUCAGAAAUGGUUACAUCCCACAAAGGUGGAAACAUUUUUAAGAAUUCGAUUGAGUCUAAAAACGACAAAAGCGUUGAAUAUAGUCAUAAUAACCAGGAGAAGAAUACCAAUGAUAUUAACAGUGAGAGUCUGGGAAUGCAUCACAUUCCUUCCAAAGCAGUAACAGCUAAUGACUUUUCUAAUUUAAUUUUCCAUACUCCGACAUCGCCACCAUUGAUUACGGUGAAAUUUAACCCUGAUCUUCAUGAUUCCCACGAUGUGAUUUUAGAUGCUACUGGUAGCAGAAAUCGUGUGAACAGAACUGGUAAUUAUAUACUACAAAGAAAGCCUUCCCUAUUGCCUGAAGUUCCAGGUGCCAGUCGUCCUCGAAAACCUCAGAUAAGAGUUACCACUGGAAUGUUGGCUGGGAUAUUAAUAGCUGCUCUUGUAUUCCUUGGAUUUUUAACAGGCACAAUGGUGUAUGCGUUUCAUCAGUGGAAAUUUGGUAAACAGCGGAGCAAAAGUGACAGAACGAAGAAACGAACAACGGGAUACACUCCUGAAUACCUCGAUGAGAACUUCGCAGGAAAUACAUACAUUCAUAAUAAUAUAUUCCUUCCCACUCCUCAGUCGAUCGAAGACAGGGCAGCAGCGGAACAUGACAAUGCCUUUUCCGUGAAUGGUGAUGAGAACAUUAAUCCGAUCACACAGAGGCCGUCGACCCACCAAGCGGAAAAUUCCCAAGAUGAAGAAACUAUCAGAUAAAUGAAAUGUUCACAGACUAUCUUAGAUCAUGUAUCGAGUCAAUGAUUUCACUACGCCUUUAUAUCUUGUGGUCAUUGAAUACAGGAUGAAACUUCGAACGCUUUUAUGUAAAGAACUGUGUUUGCAAAGAUAGAAACACUAUUUGGCCUAGAAUGGUUUUCAGGCUAGAAUUUUUUUAUUUUUUUUUUAAAUCAGAUAGAAGGUGAAACGGUUGCUACUAAAGAAAAGAAAAAAAUGAAUUUAGAUUACGUAUGAAUUAGAAGCAAAUUAUCAUGAAUAAAAGAAUGAAGAAGCAGUUUAGUACAUUUGGAAAAAAAUCACCAGGCACUUUUAAUUAAGCAUAACUUAGUCUCAUAUGUAAUAAAAGCUUGAUGAAUUUUGAAUUUAUUUUGAAUGAGUAAAAUUUAUUCCUGUUAAAUGGAACAGUUGGAGUAGUGAUCAAUAAAAGUUAAUAACUGAUCAAUACAAUUCCAGAACUAGUAUGUAUAAUUGUUCCUCUUGGUCAAGAAUACUCUAGUCACCGAGACGUAUUGUUUAUGUUAGAUGCGUAAGCUCUUCAUCCCCUGAAACCUCAUUAUCUAGGAUUAAUUAUUGUUAAUCACUUAAUCAUGGAAAUGAGAAAUUGCUAAGAUAUCGGUAUGUAAUCCUUAUAAGGUUCUCUCAGUUUAUGCUGAAAGAAAGUGCUCCAGAUAUCUUCUCUUUACUUUUUUUCAUGAAUAUGUUAGCUCGUAUGUUUUUAAAAUUAAGGAACCUAAAGCAACUUUGUGUUAAUUGCUUCAAACAAAUACUCUGUCAGAGAGUGAGAACUGAUCAAUACUUUAAGCACCCCGAAAGCAAACCAGUUAAAAUUUAUAAAUGUCUUUUUAACGUCCUCCAGUUACGAUUUUCAAGUGUAGUAAGCUGCAUACUAGAAUAAUUUCGUUUGGAUAUGGUCUCAUAGUAAAUUGCAUAUCUAUUAUCGAAAGGGAACAUAAAUGUUAUUUUUUAUCUAAA